AUGGGGCUGCGGAGCGCGCGCGUGGCGCUGCUGUGCGCGGUGGUGGUUGUGGUGAGCCUCAGCGGGCUGGGCGGGGGGAAGCUGGGCGUGGAGGCGAUCAAGGGCAGUGACCUGAAGAAGCCGUUCGAAUGCGACAAGAACAGCGACUACGGCAUGUGGUACCGGUACACGUGCGUCGUUCGGGCGCAUGGCGUUCGGCAACAAGUGGCUGGAGUCGGUGGGGUACAGCUCCUGGGUAACCGAGCUCAUGCGCUGGCCCGCCAGCCGUACCGCGGCGUCGGGCGGCAGCUCUGCUACAUCUCCAACAUCCGCGGGCGCUACAAGGAGCUCUUCGUGGGAAACGGGUACGUGCCGCCCAGCGGCAAGGUGAACGGGCGCCCCUGGAACUGGAACCCCGAGCCGCCUUACUUCGGCAACAACUGGCGCUCCUGGGCCUGGGAUGAAAAGCCGUACUAA